UUCUUAUUUGGCUUAACCGUUUACUUUGAAUCAUUCCUGUCUUCAACCGUCCUUCUGUCCGGUUUCAAACUCCCAAGACAUUCCAGCAUCAAUAAAAACGAGAACACAAAGAAGGUAUAUUCAAUUAUCACACAUUUCACAACUCCAACCCCUCUUCAAUUUCCUGGAAAAUCCCCUGCUAACCCUGCUUGGAAAAGAAAUCCCAUUAUUUAUUUAUUGUGGCUCAACUUGUCUGUUAUUGUCAAACACGUCCAAGUUCAACUAGUUUUCUUACAGUCAAAAAGGAUGUUGGAGAUGUGCACAAGGCCAUUGGAGAAGUGCUUUAGAGGAGGAGGUGGAGGAGAUGGGCUGUUGUGGCAUAUGGACUUGAAGCCAUACGCUUCAGGGGACUACUCCAUAGCAGUUGUGCAAGCGAAUUCUUCUUUGGAAGAUCAAGGACAGGUGUUUACUUCCCCUUCUGCGACGUAUGUCGGCGUCUACGAUGGUCAUGGCGGACCUGAGGCUUCCCGUUUCAUCACUCACCGUUUGUUGCCUUUUCUUCAUAAGUUUGCAUCAGAGCAUGGAGGGUUGUCAGCAGAAGUAAUAAAGAAGGCGUUUGCUGCUACUGAGGAGGAAUUUUUGCAGUUAGUGAAGCGAACAUGGGCGGCUAGGCCACAGAUUGCUUCAGUUGGUUCCUGCUGUCUUGUUGGGGCCAUUGCUAAUGAUGUUUUAUACGUGGCUAAUCUUGGAGACUCGAGGGCAGUGCUUGGGCGGAGAGUGUCCCCAAAUGGGACUAAUAAUCGGGUGGUGGCAGAACGGUUAUCAACUGAUCAUAAUGUUGGUGUUGAAGAGGUGAGGAAGGAGGUAGUAGCACUUCACCCUGAUGAUUCUCACGUUGUGGUGUACAACCAUGGAGUUUGGCGGAUAAAGGGCAUAAUUCAGGUCUCGAGAUCGAUUGGAGAUAUAUAUCUGAAGAAGCCUGAGUUCAACAGGGAUUAUCUAUUUCAGCAGUUUGGAUUGCCAGUUCCUUUGAAAAGGCCUGUAAUGACAGCAGUGCCCUCUAUAUUAAUGCGGAAAUUGAAGCCUCAGGACUUGUUCUUGAUCUUUGCAUCAGAUGGCCUUUGGGAGCAAUUAAGUGAUCAAGAAGCUUGUGAGAUUGUUCUGAAAAGUCCUAGAGUUGGAAUAGCAAAGCGAUUGGUAAGAGCUGCACUUCAGGAGUCUGCAAAGAAAAGAGAAAUGAGAUACGAUGAUCUUAAAAGAAUUGAAAAAGGAGUAAGACGCCAUUUCCAUGACGAUAUCACUGUUAUAGUGAUAUACUUGGAUCAUCCAUUGGGUUUUUCUAAUGGUAGAUUCAAGGAUCACAAUUUUACAGACUGCACUAGCACCCCUGUUGAUAUCUUUUCUCUCAAUGCUGAUGAAGCGGAUGACUCGUUCCAUGUUCAUUAAACAGCUCGCCCAACUAGGACAAGGGGUACUCUCUUAUCUAUUGAGUGAAGACAAUAUAUAUGACAUAGAUACAUCCGGUUGGACUGGUUGUGUGAAGCAAAUGAGAUUUUGCAAUAAUGGUCAUUUGAGGUUGCUGUACAUAAUUUUCAGUCUUUUAGAGGUGCCAAAUUGAAGCUGCUGCUUACUUCCCAGCUUGGCUUUUUCUCGGUCAUCUUAAAUAGUUCCCUCUUUUAUGUGGAAUAAAAAAAAAACCUACGCGUACAACUUUGUUCUUUUAUUCUGUAAGAUAAUACAUAGGAAGAUUAGGGAAAUUGUUUCUGAACAAUUUGUUCUCAGUUCUCUUUAUAUGCCAAUCCCUGCGUGGAUUAUUAUCUGGUAUAUGUGUGUACGUGGCCAGACUUUAGUUAAGAUAAGAACUAAGAAGUAAAUAUUACCUAGAUAUGACAGAAACCAAGAUUUGAUGCGUUGCCCUUAUGGGACAUUACAUGUUUAUUUUGAUAAUUUUGGAUGUCGUUGUUUGUUGGAUGGCCAGAAAUUAGUUAAAAUUUGCAUGUUCUUGCCUUUUUGGAAUGCACAAUUGAUUACAUAAUUGAUGCACCAUAUGGAAGACUUCAGGACUCUCUAGAUGCAUCUCCCUUGCCUCCAUGAAUAAUUAAUCCAUCGGCAAUUAUAGAGUUGUUGGCUAUGACCAUUUGGAGAUCUGGAAGGAACUCAGAUCUAGUAGCAUCUAGUUCUCUUUUACCGUAACAGACUAGUCAAGCAGGCUGCUAUCCGAAACAGAAAUGGAGGAAAUUCCUGAUUCUAUUUCGAUGUGAAUUGAUUGGUAAAUGGUAACCCGAGAUUUUCCUUAUGCAAUUUGAUCAAUUCCCAUGUAACUCUAGAACAAUGUUCAUCCAGCUGGAAAGCUCA